AUGGCUUUUUCAUCUUCAAACCACGCGCCAUUUGAGUUUCCUGAUGGUCGUAUUGAGCUAUAUGAGCAACCCAAAGGCACGGAUAAUAAUGCGGUGAAAUACGCGGAUUAUGCAAUUGGUGAGUUUAUCAAGAAGGCUAAAGCCAGUCCGUAUUGGCAAGAUACGGUAUUUUUAAUUGUGGCUGACCAUGAUAUUCGUGUGCGUGGUGAUACGCUCGUGCCGAUAGAGCGCUUCCAUAUCCCCGGCCUCAUUUUGGGGGCAGACAUUCAACCGCAGCGCUACACUGGCAUGGCAAGCCAAAUGGAUUUACCUGUGACAGUGCUUUCACUGAUGGGUGUUGAAGGUCAACACCCGAUGACCGGACGAGAUUUGUCUAGCCUACCGCCUAAUACUUUAGGCCGUGCCAUGAUGCAAUAUAACGACAAUUUUGGCUGGAUGGAAGAAACUGCAACAGGCAAGCAAGUGGUUGUACUGCGCUCAGGCAAGCCAGCAGCGUUUGGCGUUUAUGAUGCUAGAACCAAGCAUUUAACAGAAUCUGCCCCACCAAGCAAUGCUACUGAGCUAGAAAAGCGAGCACUUGCUAACGUGCUGUUGCCUGAUUUACUUUACAACGAGCAGCGCUACCGCUUACCCUAA